CCACCUCCUUCUUUACCAAAAAUCCAUGAUCAAUUCAUCAUUCUGAGUCUUUUGAUCUUAGCCUUGAUCGUCACUUUCUUGAAACAACAUGGCGGUCAUGGGAGAUUCAGCUCUUAUCUGUUCUCAGAUCAUCGCUAAAAACCCAGAUUUUAAUUCCAAGAAUCGGGUAAUCCACGAUGCGAUUUCUUUCCGUAGAGUAUGUUUUAGUGGGGAGAAGUUGAGAUUUAGAAAGGGUAGAGUAGGAGUUCGGGCGGUGAUGGAAGUGGGCGCGGAGGAGAGAGAGAGUACCGGUGUUUUGAAGAGUUUGGAGGGGUCUUUAGGAUUUGAUGUGGUGUCUGCAUCGGAAUUGAAGAAGAAAGGUUUUUUGGGGUUGAGGAAGACCAAGCUUGUUUGUACGAUUGGGCCGGCGUGUUGCUCAUUGGAUGAUUUGGAGAAGUUGGCAUUGGGAGGGAUGAAUGUGGCGAGGCUUAAUAUGUGUCAUAAUACGAUCGAGUGGCACCGGAAUGUGAUUAGGAAGAUAAAGAAAUUGAAUGAGGAAAAGGGGUUUUGUGUGUCUGUGAUGAUAGAUACAGAGGGCAGCCAGAUCAAUGUGGUUGAUCAUGGUGCUCCUUCUUCAGUCAAAGCAGAGGAUGGUUCAAUCUGGUCUUUCACUACUGAAAAUUUUGAGUGUUCUCGCCCAUUCACAGUUCAGGCAAACUAUGAAGGUUUUGCUGAAGGUAUAAAAGUGGGUGAUGAACUUGUUAUUGAUGGGGGAAUGGCGACCUUUGAAGUUAUAGAAAAGAUUGGGAAUGAUUUGCUUUGUAAGUGCACAGACCCUGGUCUACUCCUGCCUCGAGCUAAAUUGAGCUUUUGGAGAGACGGGAUACUCGUUGGCAAAAAUUACGAGCCCCCAACUUUGUCUACAAAGGAUUGGACCGACAUCAAGUUUGGAAUUUCUGAAGGUGUUGAUUUUAUCGCCAUGUCAUUUGUGAAAGAUGCAGAUGCUAUCAAGCAUCUAAAGAACUAUAUUUCAACCAAUUCCUCCAAAUCCAUAAAAGUUUUGGCAAAAAUAGAGAGUUUGGAAUCCCUCCAUAAAUUGGAAGAAAUUGUCAUAGCUUCUGAUGGAAUCAUGAUUGCGAGAGGUGACCUUGGAGUUGAAAUCCCGCUUGAACAGAUACCAACAGUGCAAGAGAAAAUUGUUCAUGUCUGCAGGAAGCUUAACAAGCCAGUGAUUGUAGCCUCUCAGCUUCUGGAGUCAAUGAUUGAAUAUCCUACCCCAACCAGAGCUGAGGUUGCAGAUGUUUCUGAAGCAGUUCGACAGUAUGCUGAUGCCCUGAUGUUAUCUGGAGAAUCAGCAAUAGGAUCAUUUGGGCAGAAGGCUCUUUCUGUCUUGGAGAUGACUAGCAGCCGAAUGGAACUAUGGAGUCGGGAGGAGAACAGGCAAAGUGUUCUUCAGCAGCAUCUACUUGGUGUAUCGUUGCCAGACCAGAUUGCUGAGCAGAUCUGCAAUUGUGCAGUAGAAAUGGCUAACAAACUUGGUAUGGAUGCCAUCUUUGUGUACACAAAACAUGGAGAAAUGGCGUCACUUCUGUCGCGCAACCGUCCAAAUUCUCCCAUAUUUGCAUUUACAAAUGACGACAGCACCCGGAUGGCUCUCAAUUUGCAGUGGGGUGUUACACCUCUCCUCACAGAUUUAUCAGAUGACAUGGAAUUCAACAUUGCCAAAACCGUCGAUCUUAUAAUAACAAAGGGGAUGGUGAAACAGGGAGAUGUGGUUCUGGUGGUCUCAGAUAUCAUUCCAAUUUCUGCAAUCCCAACCUUGUUCCAAUCAAUCCAGGUGAAAACUAUUGUUUAGGAGACAAUUCUCUUGAACGUGGUAAAUAAUUUACUGUCAUCGACUGUAAAGAAAGGAAACCAAUAGUUGAACCUUUACCCCUUUACACUGUAGUAGAAGAUAUAUAUUUGGUUUCUCUUAUUUUAGUUGGUAUGUAUCAUGCUACUAGUGUCAUGUACUUGGCUUUCAAGACUAUACAGUUUAUGAAAUGAG